AGUCCUGUCCCUGCAGCUGGCUGAUGCUCAGCGGCCCUGGGCUGGGUUUGGAUCUGAAGGGCUUUCCAGCACAAGAGCAGUGGCCGGCCUCAGGACUGACCAGCAGCAGCAGUGGGGUGAAGCAGGAGCGGGGACUCCCCAUCAGCCACCAUGGUUGCCUUGUCCCUCAAGAUCAGCAUUGGCAAUGUGGUGAAGACGAUGCAGUUUGAACCCUCAACCAUGGUGUAUGAUGCCUGCCGCAUCAUCCGGGAGCGGGUGCCUGAGGCGCAGAUGGGGCAGCCCAGUGACUUUGGCCUGUUUCUGUCGGAUGAGGACCCGAAGAAGGGGAUCUGGCUGGAAGCUGGGAAGGCCCUGGACUACUACAUGCUCCGCAAUGGGGACACCAUGGAAUACAAGAAGAAGCAGCGGCCCCUGAAGGUCCGCAUGCUGGACGGGACCGUCAAGACCGUCAUGGUGGACGACUCCAAGACCGUCACAGACAUGCUGAUGACCAUUUGUGCCCGGAUUGGCAUCACCAACUAUGACGAGUACUCGCUCGUGCGGGAGAUCAUGGAGGAGAAGAAGGAGGAGCAAACCGGCACCCUCAAGAAAGACAAGACCAUCCUGAGGGACGAGAAGAAGAUGGAGAAGCUCAAGCAGAAGCUGCACACCGACGACGAGCUGAACUGGCUGGAUCACGGGCGCACUCUGCGGGAGCAAGGGGUGGACGACAUUGAAACGCUGCUCCUCCGGCGCAAGUUCUUCUACUCGGACCAGAAUGUGGAUUCACGUGAUCCGGUGCAGCUCAACCUGCUCUAUGUGCAGGCUCGAGACGACAUCCUGAACGGCUCUCACCCCGUCUCCUUUGACAAGGCUUGCGAGUUCGCUGGGUACCAGUGCCAGAUCCAGUUCGGUCCCCACAAUGAACAGAAGCACAAGCCAGGGUUCUUGGAUCUGAAGGAUUUUCUGCCGAAGGAAUACAUCAAACAGAAGGGGGAGCGCAAGAUUUUCAUGGCCCACAAGAACUGCAGCAACAUGAGUGAAAUUGAGGCAAAGGUUCGCUAUGUGAAGCUUGCCCGCUCUCUGAAGACGUACGGGGUCUCCUUUUUCUUGGUCAAGGAGAAGAUGAAGGGGAAAAACAAGCUGGUCCCCCGCCUCCUGGGCAUCACCAAGGAGUGUGUCAUGCGAGUGGAUGAGAAGACCAAGGAGGUCAUCCAGGAGUGGAACCUCACCAACAUCAAGCGCUGGGCCGCCUCCCCUAAGAGCUUCACUCUGGAUUUUGGAGAUUACCAGGACGGCUAUUACUCGGUGCAGACGACAGAAGGGGAGCAAAUUGCCCAGCUCAUCGCUGGCUACAUUGACAUCAUCCUGAAGAAGAAAAAGAGCAAGGACCACUUUGGGCUGGAGGGUGACGAGGAAUCCACCAUGCUUGAGGACUCUGUCUCUCCCAAAAAGUCAACCGUCCUGCAGCAGCAGUUCAACCAAGUGAACAAGGUGGAGCACGGCUCGGUGGCCCUGCCUGCCAUCAUUCGGCCAGGUGCUGGAGGGCCUGAGAACUUCCAGAUGGGGACGAUGCCCCAGGCCCAGCAGCAGGUGACCAGCGGCCAGAUGCACCGUGGGCACAUGCCCCCUCUGACUUCAGCCCAGCAGGCCUUGACAGGCACCAUCAACUCGAGCAUGCAGGCGGUGCACGCGGCCCAAUCCAACCUGGAUGACUUUGAGACCCUCCCUCCUCUGGGGCAGGAUGCGGCCUCCAAGGCCUGGCGUAAGAACAAGAUGGAUGAAUCGAAGCAUGAGAUCCACUCCCAGGUGGACGCCAUCACCGCAGGCACAGCCUCUGUGGUGAACCUCACAGCCGGGGACCCUGCCGAGACGGACUAUACAGCGGUGGGCUGUGCUGUCACCACCAUCUCCUCCAACCUGACUGAGAUGUCCAAAGGAGUGAAGCUGCUGGCAGCCCUCAUGGAGGACGAGGGGGGCAAUGGCCGGCAGCUCCUGCAGGCAGCCAAGAACCUGGCCGGGGCCGUAUCCGAGUUGCUGAAGACUGCUCAGCCCGCCAGCGCGGAGCCACGGCAGAACCUGUUGCAAGCGGCAGGUGCGGUGGGACAGAUGAGUGGAGAGUUGCUGCAGCAGAUUGGGGAGAGCGAUACUGACCCCCAUUUCCAGAUUGUGGAGAGCCGGCGCACCCGGGCCCUGUCUGCCCCUGACCCAAAGACGGACAUGCUGAUGCAGCUGGCCAAGGCCGUGGCCAGUGCUGCAGCAGCUUUGGUCCUGAAGGCCAAGAACGUGGCUCAGAAGACGGAGGACUCAGCGCUGCAGACCCAGGUGAUCGCUGCGGCCACGCAGUGUGCCUUGUCCACAUCCCAGCUUGUGGCUUGCACCAAGGUGGUUGCUCCCACCAUCAGCUCGCCCGUGUGCCAGGAGCAGCUCAUUGAGGCCGGGAAGCUGGUAGCCAAGUCUGUGGAGAGCUGUGUGGAUGCCUCCCAGGCAGCCACUGCUGACCAGCAGCUGCUAAAGCAAGUGGGGGUGGCAGCCACGGCGGUGACACAAGCCCUGAAUGACCUGCUGGAGCACAUCAAGCAGCACGCCACGGGCGGGCAGCCAAUCGGGCGCUAUGACCAGGCCACGGACACCAUCCUCAACGUCACGGAGAACAUCUUCAGCUCCAUGGGGGAUGCUGGGGAAAUGGUGCGUCAGGCACGCAUUCUGGCCCAGGCAACCUCUGACCUGGUGAAUGCCAUCAAGGCCGAUGCGGAAGGUGAAACAGACCUCGAGAACUCGCGCAAACUGCUGAGUGCUGCCAAGAUUCUGGCUGAUGCCACGGCCAAGAUGGUGGAGGCAGCAAAGGGGGCAGCAGCCCAUCCGGACAGCGAAGAGCAGCAGCAGCGCCUGCGGGAGGCGGCGGAGGGGCUCCGGAUGGCCACCAAUGCCGCAGCCCAGAACGCCAUCAAGAAGAAGCUUGUGCACCGGCUGGAGCAUGCGGCAAAGCAAGCAGCUGCUGCUGCCACUCAGACCAUUGCAGCUGCUCAGCACGCUGCUGCAACCAACAAGAACCCUUCUGCCCAGCAGCAGCUGGUGCAGAGCUGCAAGGUGGUGGCUGACCAGAUCCCACGGCUGGUCCAGGGUGUUCGCGGCAGCCAGGCCCAGCCAGACAGUCCCAGUGCCCAGCUGUCACUCAUUGCUGCGAGCCAGAACUUCUUGCAGCCCGGCGGGAAGAUGGUUGCUGCAGCCAAGGCCACUGUGCCCACCAUCUCGGACCAGGCAUCUGCCAUGCAGCUGAGCCAGUGCGCCAAGAACCUGGCAGCAGCUCUGGCUGAACUCCGCACCGCAGCUCAAAAGGCCCAAGAGGCCUGCGGGCCCCUGGAGAUCGAUUCUGCCCUCAGCUUGGUGCAGAGCCUGGAGCGAGACUUGCAGGAAGCCAAGGUGGCUGCCCAGGAGGGCAAACUGAAGCCGCUGCCAGGAGAGACGUUGGAAAAGAGCACCCAGGACCUGGGCAACAGCACCAAAGCCGUGAGCUCUGCCAUUGCCCAGCUGUUGGGAGAAGUCGCCCAGGGCAAUGAGAACUACACAGGGCUUGCAGCCCGAGAUGUGGCGCAUGCGCUGCGCUCUCUGAGCCAGGCAGCACGGGGUGUUGCAGCGAACACGGAGGAGCCCGAGGUGCAGGCAGCCAUGUUGGAGUGUGCAGGAGAUGUGAUGGACAAGGCUAGCAACCUCAUUGAAGAGGCCCGCAAGGCUGUGGCGAAGCCGGGGGAUCCUGAGAGCCAGCAGCGCUUGGCACAGGUGGCCAAGGCUGUGUCACAAGCCCUGAACCGCUGCGUGAACUGCCUGCCUGGGCAACGGGAUGUGGACGCGGCCAUCCGCACCGUUGGUGAGGCCAGCAAGAAACUUCUGGCUGACUCGUUCCCAGCCAGUAGCAAGAACUUCCAGGAAGCACAGAGCCACCUGAACCGGGCAGCAGCUGGCCUGAAUCAGUCAGCCAACGAGCUGGUGCAGGCAUCCCGUGGCACCCCCCAGGACCUGGGCAAGGCCUCGGGCAAGUUUGGCCAGGACUUCAACGAGUUCCUGCAGGCUGGUGUGGAGAUGGCUGGCCAGUCCCCGUCCAGGGAAGCGCAAGGCCAGGUAGUGUCAAACCUGAGGAGCAUCUCCAUGUCGUCCAGCAAGCUCCUGCUUGCAGCCAAAGCCCUCUCCGCGGAUCCUGCCGCCCCCACCCUCAAGAACCAGCUGGCGGCUGCUGCACGGGCAGUGACUGACAGCAUCAACCAGCUGAUCACCAUGUGCACGCAGCAAGCCCCGGGCCAGAAGGAGUGCGCCAACGCCCUGCGGGAGCUGGAGACAGUGCGAGAGCUCCUGGAGAACCCCACACAGGCAGUCAAUGAUAUGUCCUACUUCAACUGCCUUGACAGCGUCAUGGAAAACUCGAAGGUCCUGGGCGAGGCAAUGGCUGGCAUUUCCCAGAAUGCAAAGAACAGCAAGUUGCCUGAGUUUGGCGAAUCUAUUAGCACAGCCUCCAAGGCCCUCUGUGGUUUCACUGAAGCAGCUGCCCAGGCAGCCUACCUGGUGGGUGUCUCCGAUCCCAACAGCCAGGCAGGCCAGCAAGGCCUGGUGGACCCCACCCAGUUUGCGAGGGCCAACCAGGCCAUCCAGAUGGCCUGCCAGAACCUUGUCGACCCAGCCUGCACGCAGUCCCAGGUCUUGUCGGCUGCCACCAUUGUGGCCAAGCACACAUCUGCCCUCUGUAACACCUGCCGCCUGGCCUCAUCCCACACAACCAACCCUGUCGCCAAGCGGCAGUUUGUUCAGUCAGCCAAGGAGGUGGCCAACAGCACUGCUAACCUGGUCAAGACCAUCAAGGCUCUGGAUGGGGCCUUCACUCCGGAGAACCGAGAGCGCUGCCGUGAAGCCACAACUCCUCUCAUUGAGGCUGUGGACAAUCUGACAGCCUUCGCCUCCAACCCAGAGUUUGCAACCGUUCCUGCCCAGAUCAGCCCAGAGGGGCGCAGAGCCAUGGAGCCCAUCAUCUCCUCUGCCAAGACCAUGUUGGAGAGCUCUGCUGGACUGAUCCAGACUGCUCGCUCACUGGCUGUCAACCCGAAGGACCCACCCAAGUGGUCAGUGCUGGCUGGGCACUCACGGACUGUCUCUGAUUCCAUCAAGAAGCUGAUCACCAAUAUGAGGGACAAGGCCCCCGGCCAGCAGGAAUGCGACGAGGCCAUUGAGAUGCUGGCCAAAUGCAUCCGGGACGUGGACCAAGCCUCCCUGGCUGCCAUCAGCCAACAGCUGGCCCCCCGCGAGGGCAUCUCCCAGGAGGCCUUACACGACCAGAUGCUCACAGCUGUGCAGGAGAUCAGCAAUCUCAUUGAGCCAGUGGCCAGUGCAGCCCGUGCCGAAGCCUCUCAGCUGGGGCACAAGGUCUCCCAGCUGGCUCAGUAUUUCGAACCCCUGGUCCUGGCAGCCGUGGGUGCAGCCUCCAAGACCCUCAAUCAUCAGCAGCAGAUGAACCUUCUGGACCAGACCAAGACGUUGGCGGAGUCUGCUCUACAAAUGCUCUACACGGCUAAGGAGGCUGGGGGCAACCCAAAGCAAGCAGCUCACACGCAGGAAGCCCUGGAGGAGGCCGCGCAGAUGAUGAAGGAGGCUGUAGAAGACCUCACCGCCACGCUGAACGAGGCCGCAAGUGCUGCUGGAGUGGUGGGGGGCAUGGUGGACUCCAUCACACAAGCCAUCAACCAGCUGGAUGAGGGCCCAGUGGGAGAACCUGAGGGGACUUUUGUGGAUUACCAGACAACCAUGGUGAAGACAGCUAAAGCCAUUGCUGUGACUGUCCAGGAAAUGGUCACCAAAUCCACCACCAACCCAGAUGAGCUGGGCACAUUGGCCAACCAGCUGACCAGCGACUAUGGCCACCUGGCUCACCAGGCCAAGCCAGCUGCCCUCACCGCAGAGAAUGAGGAGAUCGGCUCCCACAUCAAGAACCGGGUGCAGGAGCUGGGCCAUGGCUGUGCAGCACUGGUGACCAAGGCUGGGGCUCUUCAGUGCAGCCCCAGCGACACUUACACCAAGAAGGAGCUGAUCGAGUGUGCCCGCAGAGUCUCAGAGAAGGUGUCUCACGUGCUGGCUGCACUUCAAGCUGGAAACCGUGGCACUCAAGCUUGUAUCACAGCAGCCAGUGCCGUGUCGGGUAUCAUCGCUGAUCUGGACACCACGAUUAUGUUCGCAACAGCUGGGACCCUUAACCGUGAAAAUGCAGAGACCUUUGCUGAUCACCGGGAAGGCAUCUUGAAGACGGCCAAGGCCCUGGUGGAGGACACCAAGGUCCUGGUGCAGAAUGCCACGGCAAGCCAGGAGAAGUUGGCCCAAGCUGCCCAGUCCUCCGUCGUCACCAUCACGCGGCUGGCAGAGGUGGUAAAGCUGGGAGCAGCCAGCCUGGGCUCCGAGGACCCUGAGACGCAGGUGGUGCUCAUCAAUGCUGUGAAGGACGUAGCCAAAGCUCUUGGGGACCUGAUAAGUGCAACGAAAGCAGCGGCUGGCAAAUCAGGAGAUGACCCAGCUGUGUACCAGCUAAAGAACUCCGCAAAGGUUAUGGUCACCAAUGUCACAUCGCUGCUGAAGACGGUGAAGGCCGUGGAGGAUGAGGCCACGAAGGGGACACGUGCCCUGGAGGCCACCAUCGAACAUAUCCGCCAAGAACUUGCAGUGUUCUGCUCCCAGGUGCCCCCUGCCAAGACUUCCACCCCAGAGGAUUUUAUUCGCAUGACCAAAGGCAUCACCAUGGCAACAGCCAAGGCGGUGGCAGCUGGCAACUCGUGCCGCCAGGAGGACGUCAUUGCCACGGCCAACCUGAGCCGCCGUGCCAUUGCAGACAUGCUGCGUUCUUGCAAGGAAGCUGCGUACCACCCUGAGGUGAGCCCUGAUGUCCGGCACCGUGCGCUGCGCUUCGGCAAGGAGUGUGCCACUGGCUACCUGGAACUGCUGGAGCACGUGCUGGUGGUCCUCCAGAAGCCAAGCCAUGACCUGAAGCAGCAACUGGCCGGGUAUUCCAAGCGGGUGGCUGGCUCUGUGACGGAGCUCAUUCAGGCAGCCGAAGCCAUGAAAGGGACCGAGUGGGUUGAUCCGGAGGAUCCCACAGUCAUUGCAGAGAAUGAACUGCUGGGUGCAGCAGCAGCAAUCGAGGCUGCUGCGAAGAAGCUGGAGCAGCUCAAGCCGCGGGCCAAGCCCAAGCAGGCAGACGAGAGUCUCAACUUCGAGGAGCAGAUUCUAGAGGCCGCCAAGUCCAUCGCUGCUGCAACCAGCGCCCUGGUGAAAGCUGCCUCAGCGGCCCAGAGAGAGCUGGUGGCCCAGGGGAAGGUGGGUGCCAUCCCAGCAAAUGCAGUCGAUGACGGCCAGUGGUCCCAAGGGCUCAUUUCAGCUGCCCGGAUGGUUGCUGCUGCCACCAACAACCUGUGUGAAGCAGCCAAUGCCGCUGUGCAAGGCCAUGCCAGUGAGGAGAAGCUCAUCUCUUCAGCCAAGCAGGUGGCAGCCUCCACAGCACAGCUUCUGGUGGCCUGCAAGGUCAAGGCAGACCAGGACUCCGAGGCCAUGAAGCGCUUGCAGGCUGCGGGCAACGCCGUGAAGAGGGCAUCAGACAACCUCGUGAAGGCCGCCCAGAAGGCUGCCGCCUUCCAGGAUCACGAGAACGAGACUGUGGUGGUGAAGGAGAAGAUGGUGGGCGGGAUCGCCCAGAUCAUUGCUGCCCAGGAAGAGAUGCUGCGCAAAGAGCGGGAACUAGAGGAGGCCCGCAAGAAACUGGCCAUGAUCCGGCAGCAGCAAUACAAGUUCCUGCCUUCUGAGUUGCGAGAUGAAGGGCAGAACUAAGCAGCCCAGUCUCCUGUCUCCGCCAGCCUCCCUUCCCUAUUUAAUAGCAAGCCUUCUGAGCAAGUGCUGGCUGGGCCUUCGCCUGCCCACGCAGGGCACGGCCCUGCUCUGAGACCUGCCUGCUGCUGCACCAGCAACUUCUGCUCACCGCACAAGCCUUGGAGCCUGCCACAGCCUCCAGGCCACAGCCUCGGCUGCCUUUAUCGGGAGGGGGUGCCGCACUGUCAGGCCAGGGGCUGAGGCCCCCUCCUCACUUCUCCUCCCGGGUUCUUCCUUGUGCCUUGGCCGUGUCGCCUGUGCAGACCCUCUGUGCCUUUCCCUUGGGGCCUGACUGUGCAGUGUGGAAGGGAGCCGUCAGCCUCCUCACUUCUGGACCAGCCGAAUGGAUGUCUUUGUGUGGGCUGCUCCUCCAGUGCUGCCUGGUGUGCACUUCCUCCCAGAGGCGUUUCUGCCUCCCUCGCCUAGCCUAGCCUGUGGCUGCCGCCCCCACUGCCGCUGCUCUUGCUGCUCAUUCCCAAGUGCCUGCCUGGGUGACCCCAGCACAGCUGGUGAGGCCCCCGCUUCUCCUCCCUCUUGCCCCAGCUUUGCUCAGCAGUCACGGUUCUGCCCUGAGCGGGAGCUUCCUCCCAAUCCAGAUGGCCCCUUUCCAGGACCCCCACCCCCCACCUGCCCACUUGCUGCGAUUUCUCACCUUUUGUAAUUUUGAUACGUCAAUAAAGCUGCCUGGGUAAA